AGUAGGGAAAACCCUAGAGAUAAGCGCGACAUCCAUAGAACAAUUAGCUGGCUGUACCCGCCUGUCUUUCUCUCUCUCCUUGCUGUCAGUCGCUGGAGCAUUUGUCGGAGUUUCCGAGGAUCUCUCCAUCUGUGAGGAUGUUGUGGCUGGUUUUGUUCCUGCCUUCCCUCUGUUCGUCUCAGCGAUCAGAGCCCAUGUUCUCAGCUAUAACCAAGACAGUCCUUCCUCCAGACUAUGACAACAACCCCACCCAGCUCAACUACGGUGUGGCCAUCACUGAUGUGGACGGGGAUGGAGACCUAGAGAUGUUUGUAGCUGGCUACAACGGCCCAAACCUGGUGCUAAAGUAUGACAAGCAGAGGAAGAGGCUUGUCAACAUCGCUGUUGACAACCGCAGCUCCCCUUUCUACGCCCUGAGGGACCGUCAAGGCAACGCCAUCGGCGUCACAGCCUGUGACAUUGAUGGAGAUGGUCGGGAGGAGAUUUAUGUCCUUAACACCAAUAAUGCCUUCUCUGGUCGGGCAACAUAUUCUGACAAGCUGUUUAAGUUCCGCAAUGGACGCUUUGAGGAUCUGCUGAAUGAUGACAUUAACGAACACAGAGAUGUAGCAAACCGCAUGGCUGGGCGCUCAGUGGCCUGUGUGGACAGAAAGGGUACUGGCCAUUAUGCUAUCUACAUAGCGAACUAUGCCAGUGGUAACGUGGGUCCGCAUGCUCUCCUAGAAAUGGAUGAGGCAGCAAGUGACCUUUCACAGGGUGUUGUUGCCCUCUCUAACGUGGCAGAGCAGGCCGGAGUCAACAAGUUCACUGGAGGGCGAGGUGUUGUGGUGGGGCCCAUUGUCAGUCAAACCCUGUCCGAUGUGUUUUGUGACAAUGAAUAUGGACCCAACUUUCUGUUCAGGAACAAUGGAGAUGGCACUUUCACUGACAUGGCGCAGCAGGCUGGUGUGGAGGACCCCAUGCAGCAUGGCAGGGGGGUUGCUCUGGCAGACUUUAAUCGUGAUGGCAAGACAGACAUUGUCUACGGGAACUGGAACGGACCUCAUCGCCUGUACAUGCAGCUCAAUAACCGCAAACAGAAGUUCAAGGACAUAGCAUCCCAGAAGUUUUCCAUGCCAUCCCCGGUUCGCACCGUUAUUGCUGCAGACUUUGACAAUGACAACGAGCUGGAGGUCUUCUUCAAUAACAUUGCCUACAGAGGCCCCUCCGCCAACAGGCUCUUUAGGGUGAGCAGGAGAGAACAUGGAGACCCCCAGAUAGAAGAGCUGAAUGUCGGGGAGGCAUCAGAGCCUGAAGGACGAGGAACCGGAGCUGUAGCCACAGACUUUGAUGGUGAUGGGCGUCUAGAACUGCUGGUAUCUCAUGGUGAAAGUGCUGCACAGCCACUUUCUGUCUACAAAGUGAACCAGGGCGCCACUAACUCAUGGCUGCGAGUGAUUCCCCGGACCAAGUUUGGUGCUUUUGCCAGAGGGGCUAAAGUGGUUGUGUACACAAAAAAGAGCGGCUCACACACACGGAUCAUUGAUGGUGGCUCAGGAUACCUGUGUGAGAUGGAGCCUGUCGCCCACUUUGGCCUUGGUAAGGAUGUGGCUACCAGUGUCGAGGUGUACUGGCCAGAUGGUGUUUCCGUGGCCCGACCCCUUGAACCUUCAGAGAUCAACUCACUGCUGGAGAUCCACUAUCCAAAAGAAGAUGAAGUUACUCCUACUGUGAAAAUAGAGUGUGGUUAUGGGUUUGCUCUGAAUGAGAACGGUCGAUGCACUGAUAAAGACGAAUGUACCCAGUUCCCUUCUGUGUGUCCCUCUGAUCGCCCUGUAUGCACCAACACCUAUGGUAGCUAUAAGUGCCGCACCAAGAGGAGAUGUAACCAGGGCUUUGAGCCCAAUGAUGAUGGGUCAGCCUGUGUGGCCCAGGUGGCUUACUUUGGAGGAACGCGAUCUUCUGGUGAAUGCAAGCGGUCAGGCCUUUCUUUCUGGCUGCUCUCCAUCUCUGUGCUACCACUCCUCUCUACCCAUCUCCAGAAUGGACUCCUGUAGCUGUCACUGUCUGCUCCCCUUCCUAACUCUCCGCUGCUGAAUGGGGAUGUACAUUAUAGAAACUCUUGGAGCAAACUAUUGACUGGAACGUCUACUCAUCCUUCUCCUCUUUGGAUCCCUGCUGUCUUUUUCCAUCAUGUACAGUCUUUCCCCCACCUCACUGCUGCUACAGUACGUGUCCCCUGUUGGCUCCCAGCCCCCUCUAGACUAUAAAGAGACACACAGGGAGCAUGCUUACUGGGAGCUACAGAGUCACACUACCCAUGUCACACUCACAGAGCCCUCACAUCAUCACCUCGUACUUAGCGGGACCUGAACUGAGGCCAAGCCAAUAAGUGGAGCCGCAGUGUAUAAACCUCUGCACAUACAGCAGACAGGUCUACUGUCUCCACAGACCGUAUUCAUUAGAGACACACUGAAGCCCCAUCUGUAUCACCACCACAAUGCCACUAUGUUAAUCCUGAAACUGUCACUCUUAUUCUUACUGUGGGCUCAUGGGAUGGUGAGAAACACCGCAUCUUCAGGCUUUAGGUUUUGUGUGUAGGUGUGUGUGUGUGUGUGUGUGUGUUUAUGUGUGCAUGAGUAUACCACAUCCAAAAAGGCAGUUGGGUAGAGAACAUAUGUCAGACCAUCUGUCUCCAAUGGUACUGUACUGUAGGUUUUUUUUGUAUUUUGUUACCUAUGAAUAUACAGCAGCACAUCAAAUAAGAUAAAUACCCACAAGUACAGUAACUGAAAGGUUUAAUUAAUCAUAAUUUACUUAGCAAUUUUAAUCAAUUGCAGCAUAGUGUAGAACUCUUAGGAUGGAAAUAUAAACUAUUUACUAUUAAUACUGGUCAUAAUAUGUUUUGCUUUUCCCCCUAAUUAAAUAAAACAAAGGUCAGGGAAGAUUGAAACACACACACAUACACAAAACAUCACUGCAUUUGAUGUAGUACUGGUAAUGUCUUCUCACAUUGAUGUUGCAGAACAAUAAAAUCUUUCAUUAUUUCCUUAUUAUAAAAAAAAAUAAUGUAAUGGAAUGGAUGGUACACUAGAAUUAAUUUACUUACUAGUUUUAAAUCAUUUGCUACUGCACAUAAUAUAAAACCACAGAAGAUAAAGCUGGUGAUAUUCUAUGUUUUUGUUAUUGCCAACAAGCUGCAUGAAAAAAACAAAAUACAGUGGGGCAAAUAACUAUUUGUU